GCGAGAGAAAUCUAUUAAAAAUAAAUGUUUACUUUUAUUGGACUGUUUCGUGUUUCAUUAUAUUGUUUCGCAUCUUUUCAAUUAUUCAAUUAAUGAUAAGAGAUAAUUCAACUAACUCAUCAGUUCCUUCAUUUCCAACAUUUGAUUUUACGCUAUCUAUUAAUGAUUGUUCAUCAACAACAAAGUUUCUAUAAUCAAUCUUUUGUUGAAGUUAAAAACAGGAACACUCUUAAAAACAUUUUAUCAUUAAUCAAGACUUCCUCAUCAACAUUAAACCUUCAAAUGGAAUUAAAGAUCUGGAUGAUCCACGAGAUCGGAAAUAUUUUACAGAAACCAGAGGAUCUUAUGCAGAAAAUGCCUCAGACUAAAGUUUUACGAUUCCUGAUUUCCUCAUGUUCACAUAACAAAAAACUAAUACCAUCACAUGGGGUUGGCAAUGUAAACCUUUACCAUUGCUCAGUGAACAUUAACCAUGGAACAUGAUUCUAGUAUUAACAGUUGUCAUCAUCAAUAGUCUACAGUUCCAAGUUUUAUCCUGUACUGUGAUCAUCAUCUGAGUGUGAACGGAAUUGAAAGCUACAAGUGUAGAAUGAGCAUCCAUUGGAUAAAAAGUUACCAGUUAUCUGUUCCAUUCCGUAUACUUGUUCAUGUUUUAAGCGAUCUUCAACAUCUAUGGACGCUAAUUCACCCAGAAAUAACGAUUGCUUAAGAUUAUUUGGCAUUUCUCGCAAUAUUCCUUGAGUUAUUUGGAAAGUCACAAACCCAGAAAAAUGUCAAACGAAACAAUUAUCCAAAUUUUAAACGAUGUAUCACCUGUAUCGAGUUAUUAUUCCAUCAAUUUUUUUGAACUCAAUUCAAACUUAUCAAAAGUUCCCUCUAUCCAAUCUUGGGAUUACACAUUUUCAACUCUUCCACCAUCAUCAUUGCCUUCACUAUCUGCUUUCAACCCAUUCAUCGACCCAACGACAAACUCAACGAAUCUAUCAAUCACUUUGGAAGACUAUGAAGAUUCUUAUGUUCCCUACGAAAGUCGCCCAGAAACAUAUAUUGUUCCCUUGAUUUUUGGAAUUUUAUUUGUAGUCGGUCUCAUUGGCAAUGGAACGAUUGUCUAUGUAUUUUUACGAAAUAAAACAAUGAGAACCAUUCCAAAUACCUACAUAAUCAGCCUUUCAAUUGGAGAUCUUCUCAUCAUAACCGGAUCUCUACCCUUUGUGUCAACAAUCUAUAGCUUUGAUUCUUGGCCUUAUGGUUCUUUUCUGUGCAAGUUAUCUGAAUUUUUUCGUGAUGUCUCCAUGGGUGUAACUGUAUUCAGUUUGACUGUUCUCUCUGCUGACCGUUACAUGGCCAUUGUCCUUCCCUUGCGACGUUUUACCUCAAGCAGACACAAAGAGCUAACUUUAGCAAUAGCUGGUUUCAUUUGGCUAGUCUCAUGUCUACUUGCCUUUCCUGGAGCUUACAAUUCAUUUGUCCUUCAAUUAUCGAUUACUCCAGAUAAAACCAUUUACGUUUGCUACCCGUUUCCAGCCUCUCUUGGUACCAAUUAUGCUAAAUUUAUAGUUCUUACCAAAUUCAUUAUCCUUUACGCUCUUCCUCUUUUCAUCAUCAGCAUCUUCUACCUAGCCAUGGCUCGUUACCUCCUCUCCAGCACUGGUCCCUCUGGUUUCUCUAAUAGUGCCAACCAGACUCACUUGCGACUUACCAAGGCUCGAACCAAAGUAGCCAAAACAGUGCUCUCUUUCAUCAUACUUUUUGCAUUCUGUUUCUUCCCUAAUCAUGUUUUCAUGAUUGGAUUUUACUUUUAUCCAAACCUAUUCACCUACUUGACACCCUUCUGGCAUUACCUGAGAAUCGUUGGUUUCAUCCUUGCAUUUGGCAACUCUUGUCUAAAUCCAGUUGCUCUAUACAUUGUUUCCGGAUCAUUUCGUUCACAUUUCGACAAAUGCCUCUUUCGAUGUUUCUGUAAAAAAGCCAAUUAUCCAGUUUUCACCAAUGAUCUGAAUGGUUCCUCAGCCCAUUCAAGUUCCCAUCGACCUAUCAAUUCUACCAGUUCCAAGAGUUUCAGAGACUCAACAGCAACCAAUUUUCCCAAAUUUUAAUCUUGAAACCAACUCAAGCGAAUCCAGAAAACAAAAACCAGACACUAGUUUCAUGAGGAAAAAUUAAUUCAACCAGAUAUUUUAUCUUACUCAAAACCAUUCAAUCAACAUCAAAAACAUCUAAAAUAUCAAUAAUAAAGCUAAUCUCAAAUGUCAGUGUUACAUUUCAUUUCACAUUGUUACAAAAAGCAAAACUGAAAAAAUUUUUGCCUCACCAUUCAAUUCACCAUAUUUAUUAUACAAUGAUAAAUAAAAGACUAAACCUUUCUUUUUGUAAUAUCGCUUCUUAAUAUAAUUCAUCAUUCCCAGUUCACUUGAUUCAAUUCACAUCCAUUUAUACCAAUUACCUGAACAAAAAAACACCAACAUUUCAACCAUUAAAACACCUGAAUAUUUAAUACAUUGAUUACCCAUGAUCCACUUGGGAUUAAUAAAAUAUAUCCAACUUAACCAGAAAAGUUUACCAUUAUCAAUAUUGCCACAGAAUAUUUUUUUUCAUUGAAAGCGUAAAAAAGGCAAAAAUAUUGAACCAUGAAAAGGUGUAUCAAUAAAAUUGUAUGAUAUUAUUGUAUAAUAUAUUAUAAUCUGAAAUUAUAUUCAACAUUCAACAUAUUAAUCAGGAAAUGCAGAAGAAAAUGUUAAUUUAUAAAAAAAUAUUAGCAACUUGUCAUCACGUUGUUGAUGAAAUUUUCUUGUCAGCAACCAGAUUAAAACAAACCAUAAUAUUUAA